GGUGCAUCAUUCUAAAGAAGCUGCUGGUUUCGACUGGAACCUCCGUGGCGUCCUCCGUCCAACGAAUUUAUGAUAUAAAUAGCCGAGAGUGGACGAAACAGUAACCAAGUGUGAUCCAAUAAGUCUUGGCGAUGGAGGGGAUGCUUGCUUCUUUGGCUCUGCUGUGUUUGCUGCUAACUGUCGCUAAUGCUGUUACGGUGACUAUCCCAAAACCAAACUAUGAGGUUGCCAAGGGUGACAACAUCACAAUUCCCUGCUCCUUUUCGGCCGUAGAUCAGACCAAACUGAUCCUCAUGCAGUGGACUGUUCGAAGUGAUGGGACUGGUGCUGAGGAGAACGAUUUUAUCUACUAUCCUGAUGGAUCUAGUGACAUACCUCAAACCUUUACUGGUCGAGUGACAGUGAAUGCGGACAUUCCCAAUGGAAAGUUCAACUUGAACCUGUUCUCUGUGGCGAUGACUGACCAGGGGACAUAUAAGUGUCAUCUUCUGGUUAAGAGUGACACGUCCAAGUCCGCUGCCAAUACUUAUGUGUUGGUUCUAGUGGCUCCAUCUAUACCCCAGUGUAACCUCCAGGGUAAGGCAGAGUACGGUCAGAACAUAAACCUUACCUGUUUGUCUACGGAAGGCUCCCCGGCACCCACUUAUACAUGGCAAAGCCUUGAUGUGCAAAACAAUCCCCGUCCUAUGGAUCCCAAAACCACCAGCAAUGCAGGCAUCCUGUCUCUGUAUAAUAUCUCCAAAGACACAUCAGGAUACUACAUCUGCACAUCAGCCAACAAGAUCCGCUCUGCUAAAUGCAACUUUACGCUCAGCGUCAUGCCACCCUCCAUGAACAUUGGCUCAACUGCAGGAAUUGUUGCUGGAGUUGCAAUUUUUGUGUUGGUAAUAGGAAUCAUUAUCUGUUGUUGCUGCUGCCGGAAAAAGGACAAAGAUGAGGGAUACAGCGUGCCAGAUUUUGAGGAUCAUGAGGAUCAUGACAAAAACCUGGCUAAAAAUGGUGAUGGUCGUGGGCAUGAGGAGGUACGCACUGCACAAAACACCAACGUUAAGAGUGCCCCUGAUCGCCAGAAUGAUGAGUACGAGAACCAAAGUGAGCGUGGCAAUGACCGCCGCAGCGACUACGACGACCGCCGCAGCGACUACGACGACCGCCGCAGCGACUACGACGACCGCCGCAGCGACUACGACGACCGCCGCAGGGACUACGACGACCGCCGCAGGGACUACGACGACCGCCGCAGGGACUACGACGACAGACGUAGCGACUACUCUGAUCGCCGUGACAAAUACGGUGACCGCCAAGAGCGCUACGAUGACAACCGUCGGUAUGAUGAUGACAGACGCUACAAUGACCGCAGGGAUGGUCGUUAGAAUGAUCACACUAAGAUGGGCUCUACUGUGAUCGUAAUUGCGACAGGCAAGCUGUACCAAACGAUAGACCACCAAGGAGGAACUAGAACAACUGUGGCCUCCAAUUCGCAUUAAUUCCUGUUUCUACGUUGUUCUUCAAUGGGCCCAAACUCAAUUGACUCAAAGAUCUUCUGCGAAUUGUUGUAAGGCAUUCGGUAUUUUAAAUAUGUGAUUAGAUGUGCAAUACUGAAAUGAUCAUUUAGGAAAGCAGAAGACAUCCCACAAUAGAAUUUAAAACUCUGAUAAAUGGCCCAUUGCAUUAUGCCUUCAAAGUUCAGCUAGAGUGAGUCUGCUCAGGGUACAUAAAAUCAUACAAACAUUAUCCAUGUUCCUCCAGAAACACUGUUCAGGCUCAUUUGUUUGCUGUAGUAAUACAGUACAUUUGGUCACAAUUAAGUGGAGACACAAACUCGAGUUCUUUAACUCGGUGUACAGUAACUGGUGUUUAGCGGUUGGACUGGCAGCUGCGGUUGCCACUGUUAUAGUACACAAGAAAUCAGGGCUCUGUGUCUGUGUAUUGAUUUAACUUUUUACAUUGAGUAUAACUUUGUUAAUAUUUCUUAUAGCUAUCAAAACAAUAUUUCUUCAGCAUAAGUUAGUAAUAAGUUACAUAUUUUAUUGUUGUAUAAAGACCAAUUCUAAUGAUUUUUUGUUUCUAUUUUACAAAAUCUUGUGUUUUUCCAAAGAUGUGUUUUAAUUCAAUGUCUAAGUUUUAAACGUUAUGUAUAAUCUCCUUUACCAUGCUAUCUUGAAUUUAUUUUAGAUUAUUUUAGAUUUAUUUUUAAAUGAAAUAAAAUGUGUAUAAAAUGUA